AUGAUACCAAAGGCUGGUGGACGUAGACGAUCGAUAGCCAUCUUAACAACUCUGCAUGGUUCCAGAAAGCCACUUUUACAUCACGGCUUCACCUCCAACAUAUCCAUUGAAAUUGAGCCAGAUUCUCCCAACGCUCUACACGACGGCUCUGGUUCGAAGUUUCCAUAUAGCCUGGGCAGCCACAGCAGGAGGAGCUCUGCGGUCUCAGACAGUUCAGCGUACACGUCCAGGUCCAACAGCUUCAGGACAGAUUCAAAGCCAGCUGCCGCCGAUCGAUUGCAACUCAACAACUCACAAAUCUUAUCAACAAAUUCAACAAUCAAGCCAGAUGUCAAAACGCAAAACAAUGACUUCGAUAGUUCAAAAAACAGACGGCACUCCGAAUACGGACGCUUCUUGAGUCCAGAUGUUCCGUCGUUUUCCAGGGCCGGAAGUGUGAGGUCACGUGAUAGUGGUGAACUGAAUGUCGGAAGUUCCUGCUUGGAAGAGGAUCGAGUUUUGACGGAGGAGGAUGGCGAGGAGGAAGAAGAAGAAAGUGAAGCAAACGAUGAGAGUGAGAAGAAAACGGAAGGUGAAAGGUCACCGGUUCAAACGGUGGGCAGGAGAAGAGCAGUUAAUACGUCGGAUCUGAGGUCGUGUGCCCUGGUCCAGAGCAAAUUGAAGUCGCAUCGAAACAGCUGGAAAUCCAUUGAUGGCACACCCCUACAUGCAAACAGAGGCUUUCUGGAAGGUCUGACGGUUGGAGGCGGUUGGAACAAAGAGUUGCAAAGUAUUAAAGCUUUAUCAGAUUGA